UAAAGCAACAGUGGCUGUGCGUAAAACCUUUCAGAUUAAUUCUACAGCUAGAGCCACCUUUCACGGACAAACGGCAGCUAAGCACAACGCUGUACUGCACAGGCAUCAAGCGGACUUAUUCUGCAGAUGUCGAAGCGAAAAGAGACGGUUUCCUCUUCGAAGCAACAUCUACCUCGGAGUAUCUGCCUCAAGAACUUCUUCUUUUUUCGACUAGGUUGAGCUGGUGGUCUGGUGCCGCGCGCGGCGCGUUCAUAGCCUCUGUCCAGCCUAUCUUGUAAUUGAAGUCGCUCGAGCCACCGCUGAAUUCGCGCGAUAUGCUUUUGCAUCAGUUUGUGAACGGGACGUUGGAGGCGAUGCAGCAUCCCGGGGUUGUGAAAGACACCACUUUCACCAAGAUAUUCGUUGGCGGUUUGCCGUAUCACACCACAGACGCGUCUCUUCGGAAGUACUUCGAGACUUUCGGAGACAUCGACGAGGCCGUAGUGAUCACGGACAGACAGACGGGGAAAUCGAGAGGAUACGGCUUUGUCACUAUGAUAGAGAAAGCAGCAGCAGAGCGAGCAUGUAAAGAUCCAAACCCCAUCAUUGAUGGACGAAAGGCCAAUGUCAACCUGGCGUACCUGGGGGCCAAGCCACGCAGUGCACCGACAGGCUACUCCAUUGGAGUGCAGCAGAUUUACCCUGCUCUGAUCCAAAGACAAUAUGGGCUGGCCCAGCAGUAUGUGUAUCCACAGACUUUGCUACAGCCUAGCCUGGUGUUUCCUGCACAGGUCACCACCACCGUCACCUCUCCUUAUCUGGACUAUAGCGCCGCCUACACGUCAGCAGCCUUUGAGCAGUACCCCUAUGCCUCCUCUCCAGCCUUUCUCACCUAUGGCUACCCCCCAGCUCCCACGGGGCAGUCACCCAGCACCCCAACCCCGCUGUCCAUGUCUCUCUCAGCUGGGGCUGCUCCAACCACAGCUUUUCUCCAACUUCCUCCAGCUCCACUCCACAGCGAGCGCCUGUAGCCUGGAGGUGAAGAUGCAUAUUGCUUUGGGACACAGAACCAGGACAUCAUCAGAGUGAGACUCCACACCACAGAGAGAAAGCAGCACAGACUGGGGUCAUGUCAUCCAAAGGGCUUCUGGAGAUUUUAGCCACUUUAUGAGCCUUCAGUUUUCCUAUUUAUAUCAGUUGUUGUUUUUGUCAUUGUUAUUGUUUUUAGUGGUGCACUGAUCAUGUAUUUGGCUGAUUCCAGUUUCAAGUUCUUUCCACCAAACUGGCCAAAGGCUGAUUUGUUUUGGGCCAGUUUUUUGUUAGCCAAAGGUUUUUUGAGAGCAACAGGCAACAAAGACAAUAAUAGUGUAAAUGAAUGUAGACAUUAAUAAUACCUAAAUGGACAAAGCAUUCAGAGGAGUAACCUAAAUUUUCACA